CCUAAUGACAGCGUCAGGAAAAUGGCGGCGAGCUGUAAAGUGAAUUGAGGAUGUCAACAUUGAGCUUCUCCACCCGAAACAAGUGACGCUUUUUCUCUGUUCGCGUCAUUGACACAGCCAGGGUUGUAGUUCAGAAAGGUGCACCCCUGUCUGGACAAAAAAAAACAACGCCUGGAGUAUUUUUAAUAAUCAUUUUAUAGUGCUGUGUUUUGAAAGUCCAUGUAAGCUAGCUAAACGGUUAACUAGCCGCCUGCACGAGCCUUGAGAAAAGCCGUAAAGAGAACUUUUUCCUGCACUUUUCGUGUCGUAAAGUGAUGUUUGUAAUGUUUUUCUAAUUUAAAUUCAUUCCCGAGGCUCGCUAAGUGAAUGCCUAGAGAGUGUUUUGAGCUAGUGUGAUCUUUUUUUGUUGUUUUUUUCCGCACAACUCCGUCAGCUGGAAGUGCAGACUCGGCGGAUGUUGUCCGCAUCUCUGUCGCACUUUUAAAGGGGGUUAAUAUCAGGCAGGACUGCUGAACAGGGGCUUUUUAUUUAUUUAAUUUAUUUAUUUCUUUAACACUGGUGCUCUUUCACAAGCCAUGGCUCAGUCGCCGGUGCAGGGCAGUUUACCGGGGAUACAGAGUUUGAGAGCCGACCCCGAGCAGCUGUUCACCAAGCUGGAGCGCAUCGGCAAGGGCUCGUUCGGCGAGGUCUUCAAAGGCAUCGAUAAUCGCACGCAGAAGGUGGUGGCCAUCAAGAUCAUCGACCUGGAGGAGGCCGAGGAUGAGAUCGAGGACAUCCAGCAGGAGAUCACCGUCCUGAGCCAGUGUGACAGCCCCUUCGUCACCAAGUACUACGGCUCCUACCUCAAAGGCUCAAAGCUGUGGAUCAUUAUGGAGUAUCUGGGCGGAGGAUCUGCGCUGGAUUUGCUGGAGCCCGGUGCUCUGGACGAGGCACAGAUCGCCACCAUCCUGCGGGAAAUCCUGAAAGGCCUGGAGUACCUGCACUCUGAGAAGAAAAUCCACAGAGAUAUUAAAGCGGCCAACGUGUUGCUGUCUGAGCAGGGAGAGGUCAAACUGGCGGACUUUGGCGUAGCGGGUCAGCUGACGGAUACGCAGAUCAAGCGCAACACGUUCGUAGGGACGCCUUUCUGGAUGGCACCAGAGGUCAUUAAACAGUCCGCUUACGACUCGAAGGCUGAUAUCUGGUCUCUGGGGAUCACAGCGAUCGAGUUGGCAAAAGGCGAGCCGCCUCACUCGGACCUGCACCCCAUGAAGGUCCUCUUCCUCAUCCCAAAGAACAACCCACCCACGCUGGAGGGCAACUACAGCAAACCGCUCAAAGAGUUUGUGGAGGCGUGUUUAAACAAGGACCCCAGUUUUAGACCCACAGCCAAAGAGUUGCUGAAGCACAAGCUGAUUGUGCGCUACGCUAAGAAAACGUCCUACCUGACCGAGCUGAUCGACCGGUACAAGCAGUGGAAGGCCGAGCAGUGCCGAGACGACUCCAGCUCCGAUGAUUCUGACUCAGAGGCGGAUGGACAGGCGUCCGGUGGAAACGACUUCAGCAAUGAUGAGUGGAUCUUCACGAUUCGGGAGAAAGACCCCAAAAAGCUGCAAAAUGGAGCAAAUUUGGAAGAGCAGGAUACACCUCAGAGGCCGCUGUCACAGAUCCUGUCUACCGUUAUCACACCAGUCUUAACAGAGCUAAAAGAGCGUUGUGGUGAACAUGCGGUGAAGCCUGACGUGUUAGAUGAGUUGGGAGAGGCCAUGUUACUUGCUGAGGAGACGUACCCAGGGAUCUCGGACGUGAUGGUGACCCAGCUUAUACAGAGAUUACAGCGGUUCUCCAGAGCCAGGACAUCUUCCUCUUCUCCUCAGUGAUUGGUCCACUGGGUAUAUCAGUCACACCGAAGCCCCUCCCACCAUGCACCGGGUCAGCGAAUCACAACACCAGCGUCCUCCGAGUCCCGAGUGUCCUUCAAACUCCACAAGCUUCCUGUAGUGCUGUGUGUUUUAACAAAUUCACGGACGGUGAAGGGGGUGUCUGUGUGUAUAUAUGGUGUGUGUGUGGGUGUGUGUGUGUGGUGUGUGGUGUACGCACACCACACACAAACACACACACACUCGACUGCAUAGCAAGCGAGUAGCUUCUGGAAGCUUCUGCUUCUACGUUACGACAUCAGCCAGCGGAAAAAAAAAAAAAAAAACAUUGCUGAACCCUUAAACGCAACCAUAGCAUGGCUCUGAUCAAACAGCAUGGAUGUGUGUGUGUGCGUGUGUGCGUGUGUGUGUGUGGGUGUGUGUGUGUGUGUCCGAGCCCUUUUCUUGCGAAAGGAGAUAUCAGAUCUGCAUCAACUGGACUAGAAAGAGUUUGGAUGCGAGUAUAGACUUGUAUAUACUUUUACACACUCACAGAUUAUGGAUUUUUUUUCCCCCAGCGGAUCACUGUGUACAGACGGCCACGCCCUGCUGUAGAUAUUGUUAGUAAUUAAAAAAAAAAAAAAAAGAAAAGAGAGAGAAAAGGUAAAUAUUUAAAAACCGAGCCUCUCAAAUGGCCAUUACUGAGAUUGCCUUGCCUUUUUAUCGAAUGUAUGUUACAUUUUGCGGGUGCUCUGUUUCAUUUUAAUAUAAAAAAAAAAAAGAGUUUUACUCAUAAAAUCAUAAAUAAUGAUUUUUAUCCUAU